CGCGGCCCCCGGCAGGCGCGGGCCCGCACGGCCGGACAUGGCGCAGGGGGAGGCGGAUUCGCCACCGGCGGCUGAGAAGAAAGGGGCAGAGGAGGAGGAGGAUGAUUUCGGCUACCGGCUCUUCCCGGACCGGAAUAAGAAGCCGCAGAGUUUCCUGGUCCGCAGCCUCUUCACCUUUCACAACAGGUGCCAGCUGAUGCUGAGACUGACCCUGGAAACGAAUCCAUAUGCUCGGCUUCUUCUUGAGGCUCUGAAGCAAUCUGGUUGCACUGUCUUCAAUGACCGGCACUUUUCUUGUGAAAACUGUGAUGGCUGUGUCAGUGGAGGUUUUGAUGCUGCCACAUCUCAGAUUGUUCUGUGUCAGAACAACAUUCGCCAACAGUCGCAUAUGAACCGGGUGGUCACACAUGAGUUGAUUCAUGCAUUUGAUCACUGCCGUGCACAUGUUGACUGGUUUAAAAAUGUCAAACACUUAGCAUGUUCAGAGAUUCGAGCUGCUAAUCUCAGUGGAGACUGUACUUUGAUGAAUGAAAUAGGCAGGUUUAAAUUUGGAUUGAAAGGGCACCAUCAGACUUGUGUACGAGACAGAGCAAUUCGUUCCAUUCUGGCUGUUAGAAAAGUUAGCAAAGAAACAGCAGAAAAAGCUGUGGAUGAAGUUUUUGAUGCCUGCUUCAAUGAUCUGGAACCUUUUGGAAGAAUCCCACACAGCAAGGCAGAUGCAAAACGUGCUUACAGAGACUUUCAGAACAGAGAUCGCUAUAAUGCUAAUUUGUAAGGGUGGAGGGGAAAGCCACGUGAGGAAUUACAUUAAUACCUGAUUGUUCAGUAACAUCUGGAGUUACAGUCCAUGCCCAAAGUGCACGUGGAAAGGGCAAAUCUAUCAAGCGUAUUAAUUAAUUUUUUAGACAUUUUUCGUGAGCCAACUUCCAUGGAAGUAAAUGGGGUAAAUGAACAAGACUAAAAAUGGUGCUUGCUCACCUGUUAUUCCAGAAAGAUAAUUUAGUAUGCCAAAUGAUCGUCAAAUACAAUUCAAUGUGCUUUUUUCACUCUGGCUGACUAGGACUUGGUUUCUGAAAUUUUGUUGCCACUGAAUAAAUCUUUCCAUAAA